AGGGGAAGGUGGAGGUUACUAAAGGGGGACAGAAGCUGUGCACCAUGGAUCCUGGGAAGGUCUUUGGAGAACUGGCCGUCCUCUACAACUGUACCAGGACCGCUACUGUUACAGGUAACACACAUGCUGCUAUUGUAGGUAGAACUCACACACAGCCCUUUGAUUGAAAUCAGAUUUUGUAUAGUCUUUUUUGAAAUCUCUUCAUCCUCCUUUCUGCCACUAACGUUUAUUCUGAUGGAUUGAGGUGAGAUUUGGUGUCAGACUAAUGUGUGUGUGUUGCGGCUGAGUGAUUGGGGUGAGGUGUUGUGUCAGAUCUACGCUGCUAAGACACACACACACACAGGCACACAGGCACGCACACACACACACACACAGACAUCUCUAUACUCUUCUGCGCUUUAUUCUCUGAAUGGUGAAAUGUUUGCUGUACAAUGUUAUUUGGGGUCAGGCAACUAUUGGUAUGCAGAGAGAGAGAGAUAGAAAGAGGUGAAUAGGAUGGAAAAGAUGAAGUCCUGCUCUUUCACUCCUUCUUCUUUAGCAUCUCUCCCACGUCCUUUCCGCUCCUCUAUCGUCUUUAGCCUAUGUCAACAGCAUUCCAUUUAAAAUGUCCCCCUUUCAUUCUUCCUCAACCUUGUCUCUAUCUCUCUCCAUCACCUAUUCAGAGUUGAUUGACAGGUAGUGACCAUGUGUUGUGUGGGUGGUCGGGGGGAGGUUAGGACAGGGCAGGUGAGGUGAGGGGUGGGGUGGGGGAAGGUUAGGACAGGGCAGGGCUCUCCAGCUUUGACUGACAUUAAGCUGUGGGUGAUAGACAGACAGGGGUUUCAGACCAUCAUGAUGAGCAAUGGACUCAUCAAACACUUCCAGUAUAUGGAGUUCAUCCGCAGGUGACAGACACACACACACACAGUUAGCUUCUGCUUCAAACAUACAUUAUGCAGCUUUGCAGACUUCUAUGAGCCUAGUUGAAUAGACACAAAACACAGAAUAUUUGCUAGCUUCUGUCAAAAUUAUUAUUCACACAAUUGAUUUAGACAAUUCAUGACAAGUUCUCUCUCGCUUUCUCUCUGUCAGUGUUCCCUCCUUUCAGUCGUUGCCUGAGGACAUUCUUAGUAAGGUGGCUGAUGUUCUGGAGGAGGUGAGGAGUGCACGCACACACACACACUGGCAUGGUCAGAUGGAGAGAGCAGAUGGUGGUGACAGUCAGUGUGGAUUAGAUGCAGUUUCUUAGUUUCAAGAGUUUGUGUGUGUGCGCGCACAUGCAUGUUAACUGCAUACUGCCAUAGACACAAGUCACAUGCCUUCCAGCUUUUACAGACACUCCUUGCUGUGGUAAAGUGCUUCUGUCUGAGAGACACAAGUUUAAUAACUUUAAUAUCCCCCCCCCCCCCUCUUCUCCUCUGCUGUUCUCCUCCAUUCUCUCCCUCCCUCUGUCUCUCACCCUCUCUCCCUUUGUCUCUCUCUCCACUAUUCUCUCUUCUCCUCUGCUGUCCUCUGCAGUUCUCCCUCUCCUUUGUCAUUUCCUGCUCCUCACUCUCACUCUCACUCUCUCCUCUAUCUCUCUCUUUCUCAGACUCACUACAGUGAAGGUGAUUACAUCAUCAGGCAGGGUGCCACAGGAGACACCUUCUUCAUCAUCAGCGAAGGACAGGUGAUGAUGAGGAGGAGGAGGAAGAGCAGAUCUGAAGUGUAUAUAAUCACAAUCAUGCUGCCGCCGUGUGGACAUAUGCAGUAAUGCAUUGAAAACAUACCACAAAUAAUCAUCAUUUAAAUUCACAGACUUCCUCCCAAUAACUUCCUACCUCUUCCCCUCUUCUCACCCCUCCUCUUCCCCUCUCCUCUCCCUCCUCUUCCCCUCUCCUCUCCCUCCUCUUCCCCUCUCCUCUACCUCCUAUUCCCCUCUCCUCUCCCUCCUCUUCCCCUCUCCUCUCCCUCCUCUUCCCCUCUCCUCUCCCUCCUCUUCCCCUCUCCUCUCCCUCCUCUUCCCCUCUCCUCUACCUCCUAUUCCCCUCUCCUCUCCCUCCUCUUCCCCUCUCCUCUCCCUCCUCUUCCCCUCUCCUCUCCCUCCUCUUCCCCUCUCCUCUCCCUCCUCUUCCCCUCUCCUCUCCCUCCUCUUCCCCUCUCCUCUCCCUCCUCUUCCCCUCUCCUCUCCCUCCUCUUCCCUCCUCCUCUCCCUCCUCUUCCCCUCUCCUCUCCCUCCUCUUCCCCUCUCCUCUACCUCCUCUUCCCCUCUCCUCUCCCUCCUCUUCCCCUCUCCUCUCCCUCCUCUUCCCCUCUCCUCUCCCUCCUCUUCCCCUCUCCUCUCCCUCCUCUUCCCCUCUCCUCUCCCUCCUCUUCCCCUCUCCUCUACCUCCUCUUCCCCUCUCCUCUACCUCCUCUUCCCCUCUCCUCUCCCCCUUCUUUGUGUCAUUUCUCCUGCCUGCCUGCCCUCAGGUAAAGGUCACACAGCAGAAAUCAUCCAAUGAGAAUCCAGAGUUUCUAACCACUCUCACUAGUGGGGACUGGUUUGGAGAGCAGGCGCUGAAAGGGUGAGACAACAGCACUGCUAACCACCAAACAACAACAAGCAGCUUUAAUGGACAUGCAAACACAAACCUGACAUACAAUGUAUAAAUGUAUUUAACAUAACCAACCAACCAAACAAACCAAUAAACAAACAUACAGUCUCAAAGAAUCAGAGUAGAGUUCUAUUAGGCAGAGUUCUAUUAGGCAGAGUUCUAUUAGGCAGAGUUCUAUUAGGCAGAGUUCUAUUAGGCAGAGUUCUAUUAGGUAGAGUUCUAUUAGGCAGAGUUCUAUUAGGUAGAGUCCUAUUAGGCAAAGGAAGGUAAUAAAGAUUACUUCAUAUUUAUGUUUAUAAUGAAUGAAUUAAUCAAUAUUUCUCUCGCUCCAGGGAGGAUGUUCAUACGGCCAGUGUGACAGCAGUAGGAGGAGUCACCUGUCUGGUUGUUGACAGAGAGUGAGAGACCCCAGGAGAGAGAUAGAGAGAAAGAGAGAGAGAGGGAGAUAGAGUGUGUGUGUGUGCAUGUAAUUGAAUGGUUCUUCAUUGGUUGAUGUGGGGUUGUGUUCCAGGUCAUUCAUGCAUCUGAUUGGAGGGCUGGAUGAUGUCAACAGCAGACAGAACGAGAGUGAUGAGCUCAAGGCCAAGUAAGUGUCACUACAACUCUAAAAUUCUCAUCUUCUACUCUCACUCUCUUUCUCACUCUUUCUUGUUUCACCAAACUGAGUUUAGUAAAUUCAGUUUGUGAUGUAUAUAACCAUACAGACUCGCUAAUUACAUUGAAAAGAUAUUGUGCAAUUGAUUGACCCCUUGUCAAUCCAGGUUGGAGGCAGAGGCAGGGUUUUUCUCCAGUGUGUCUCUUACUGAUAUCCAUGUCAUCUGCACCCUCGGACUAGGAGGCUUCAGUCGCGUUGAGCUGGUAAGUGUGAGUGUGUGUGUAUAUAAUGUGUGCAUGCUUACAUGAGUGUGUGUCUGUAAUGCCUGUGUGUGUGUGUCUGUGUGUGUGUGUGUGUGUGUGUGUGUGUGUGUGUGUGUGUGUGUGUGUGUGUGUGUGUGUGUGUGUGUGUUUAAUUUGUAUAAUGUGUGUGUCUUCAGGUUCAGUUAAAUAGUGACACCAGUCGGUCGUUUGCUCUGAAGGUUCUAAAGAAGCGUCACAUUCUGGACACCAGCCAACAGGACCACAUCCUCUCAGAGAGACACAUCAUGAUGGAUGCACACAGCCCCUUCACCGUCAGGUGGUCCUCUGUAGCUCAGCUGGUAGAGCACGGCGCUUGUAACGCCAAGGUAGUGGGUUCGAUCCCCGGGACCACCCAUACACAAAAAUGUAUGCACUCAUGACUGUAAGUCGCUUUGGAUAAAAGCGUCUGCUAAAUGGCAUAUUAAUUAAUAUUAAUUAUUAAUUAAAUAAUUAAUUAAAGGUACACACAAACACAGAUACACACACCACAUAGCCCCUUCACCAUCAGUUACACACACGCACACAAACACAGUGACGCUGUGUGUCUUGUCCAGGUUGUAUCGGACGUUCAGGGACUCUAAAUAUCUGUACAUGCUACUGGAGGCCUGUCUGGGAGGAGAACUGUGGACUCUACUGAGAGACAGGUGGGUGUGUGUACGUCUAGAGCAACUGCAAGUAAAACCUGACUGUAAACAAACUGCCUAACCAGCUAUCCCCUAACCCUAACCCUAGGGUCAUGUCCACAUCCCAGUUUAACCCUCAACCACAACCCUAACCCUAGAUUCAUGUCCACAUCUCGGGUUCAACCCUUAACCUCAACCACAAUGGCGCUACAUUGGAAAGCGGCAUUGGAAAGCGACCGUUUUACGGGCUCCUGACCAAUUGUGCUAUUUUGUGGGGGGGUUUUACGCUGAUUGUAACUUGUUUGUACAUAAUGUUAACCAUUUCCUAUGACUGAAAAUAGCUACUGGAUUUCAGAACAGCUAUCACUAACCUCGAUUUGAGUCGUAGGUGAAAGACAUAUUGAUUUUUAUGGACCAGGCCCCAAUCCCGACACUCGAAGGAAGAGGAGACGGUGCUAUAGAGGCUGGCGCGCAGGCACCCUGAUAAGACUACGGUGGCAAAUCAAUUAAUCGCCUCUACCCUCUGUUCUAUUGCCGAAUGUGCAAUCACUGGAGAAUAAACUGGACUAGCUCUGUACGAGACAAUCCUAUCAACAGGACAUUAAGAACUGUAAUAUACUAUGCUUCUCGAAGUCAUGGCUGAACAAGGACAUGGAUAAUAUACAUCUAGCUGGUUUUUCUAUGCAUCGGCAGGACAGAACGGCAGAGUCUGAUAAGAUCAGGGGAGGUGGUGUGUGUCUCUUUGACAACAACAGCUGGUGCGCGAUCUCUAAUAUUAAGGAAGUCUCGAGGUUAUGCUCGCCUGAGUUAGAAUACCUCAUGAUAAGCUGUAGACCAUACUACUUACCAAGAUAGUUUUUAUCUGUAUUUUUCAUAGCUGUAGCAAACAAGAAAAUGCUCAUCCAGAGGCGGCGCUCCUGGUGGCCGAUGAUUUUAUUGCCACAUCAGUCACCGGCUUCAUUAAUAAGUGCACUGACAACAUCGUCCCCACAGUAAUCGUACGUACAUAUCCCAACCAGAAGCCAUGGAUUACAGGCAACAUCCGCACUGAGCUAAAGGCUAGAGCUGCCGCUUUCAAGGAGCGGGACACUAAUCCAGACACUUAUUAGAAAUCCUGCUAUGCCCUCCGACGAACCAUCUAACAGACAAAGCGUCAAUACAGGACUAAGAUCGAAUCCUACUUCACCGGCUCUGAUGCUUGUCGGAUGUGGCAGGGCUUGCAAACUAUCACAGAUUACAAAGGGAAACCCAGCCGAGAGCUGCCCAGUGAUGCUAGCCUACCAGAUGAGCUAAAUGCCUUCUAUGCUCACUUCGAGGCAAGCAACACUGAACCAUAUGUGAGAGCACCAGCUGCUCCGGACGACUGCAUGAUCACGAUCUCCAUAGUCAAUGUGAGUAAGACCUUUAAACAGGUUAACAUCCAGACGGAUUACGAGGACGCAUACUCAGAGCAUGCGCUGACCAGCUGGCAAGUUUCUUCACUGACAUUUUCAACCUCUCCCUGACCCAUUCUGUAAUACCUACAUAUUUCAAGCAAACCACCAUAGUCCCUGUACCCAAUAAUGGCAAGAUAACCUGUCUAAAUGACCACUGCCUUGUAGCACUCACAUCUGUAGCCAUGAAAUGCUUUGAAAGGUUGGUCAUGGCUCACAUCAACACCCUCAUCCCACUCCAAUUCGCUCCAAUUCGCAUACCGCCCCAACAGAUCCACAGAUGACGCAAUCCCUAUUGCACACCACACUGCCCUUUCGCACCUGGACAAAAACAAACACCUUCAGUGCCUUGCAAAAGUAUUCAUCCCCCUUGGCGUUUUUCCUAUUUUGUUGCAUUACAACCUGUAACUUAAAUGGAUUUUUAUUUGGAUUUCAUGUAAUGGACAUACACAAAAUAGUCCAAAUUGGUGAAGUGGAAUGAAAAAAAUCAUCCCACUCCAAUUCGCUCCAAUUCGCAUACCGCCCCAACAGAUCCACAGAUGACGCAAUCUCUAUUGCACUCCACACUGCCCUUUCACACCUGGACAAAAACAAACACCUUCAGUGCCUUGCAAAAGUAUUCAUCCCCCUUGGCGUUUUUCCUAUUUUGUUGCAUUACAUCCUGUAAUUUAAAUGGAUUUUUAUUUGGAUUUCAUGUAAUGGACAUACACAAAAUAGUCCAAAUUGGUGAAGUGGAAUGAAAAAAAUAACUUGUUUCAAAACAUUCUACAAAAUAAAUCAUGGAAAAGUGGUGCGUGCAUAUGUAUUUACCCCCUUUGCUAUGAAGCCCCUAAAUAAGAUCUGGUAAAACCAAUUACCUUCAGAAGUCACAUAAUUAGUUAAACAAAGUCCACCUGUGUGCAAUCUAAGUGUCACAUGAUCUGUCACAUGAUCUUAAUCUGCAGUCACACAGAAACAGGAAAUGCUCCCAAUGUAGUGUGUGUGUGUGUGGGGGUGUGUGUGUGAGUGCGUGUGCAUGUGUGUGUGUGUGUGUGUGUAUCAGGUGGAUUUUGGCUUUGCUAAGAAGGUGGAUCUUGGUCAAAAGACGUGGACAUUCUGUGGGACUCCAGAGUAUGUGGCCCCAGAAAUCAUCCUGAGCAAGGGACAUGAUGUCUCCGUUGACUGCUGGUCCCUGGGGAUACUCAUCUACGAACUGCUCAGCGGCAGGUAAACCCACCUGUGUGUGUGUGUGUGCGUGCGUGUGAGCGCGUGUGUGUGUGUGUGUCAGAGAUGAGGUCUUAUUAGUCUUAUUAUUGGUCAAAAUUUUAAGAGGACCUUUCUCUUGCAUCCCCCGCCUCUCUCUCUCCGUCUCUUUCACCAGUCCUCCGUUCUCUGGUUCUGAUCCUAUGAAGACCUAUAACAUCAUCCUGAGAGGAAUUGACAUGGUGGAGUUCCCCAAGAAGAUCUCCAAGAGUGCUGCCAACCUCAUCAAACGCCUCUGCAGGUUACACACACACGACUCAGAGCAUAGAGAACUCAUCAAAUGAUGCUUGUGCAGUGUGUAUAUGUGACUGUGUGUGUGUGUGUGUGUGUUUGUGCGUGUGUGCGUGCGUGUGUGUUGCCCAGGGACAACCCAUCUGAGAGGGUGGGGAACCAGAAGAACAGGGUGAAGGACAUCCAAAAACACAAGUAAGAGUUACCAUGGUGAUGGUGACUACUGUUCCUACCUACCAAUAGAACUGCAUGGAACAGUAAUAGCUAUAUUUUCUGAUAUAAAGUUGUAUUCUUUAGCUACCAUACAGGCAUGAUUCUCACUAGAGCAGCUGAAGCAACGGAUAUGAUUUCGCCUCAGUUCUAUGCCUAAGAGUCAGUAAUUGACUUUGUCAAGGUUGUCUUUUUUCAGGCCUUCACCUGAAAUGGUACCCUAUUGGCCUCAUAGUGUUCUGGUCAAAGGUAGUGCAGUUUAUAGGGAAUUGGGUGCCAUUUCGGACACAGCCCAGGUCGUCUUGAUACUAUAAGGAGAGGUGUGAUUGGUUGGUUCUGGGUGACUGUUUCCUGUUUGUCUCCAGGUGGUUUGAAGGUUUUAACUGGGAGGGACUCCGACAGGCAACUCUGGCCCCUCCCUUCACUCCUACUGUAUGUACACACACAUACACACACACACACACACACCACACAGACACACACACUCAGCACUAUCUCCUCUCUCCCAGGUGAAGGGUCCACUGGACACUGGCAACUUUGACUGUUUCCCUGAUGACAACGAGGCCACGCCCCCAGACGAUGAGUCUGGCUGGGAUCUGGAGUUC